CAGGAAUAUACAUAGUAGAACUACGAUUGUAGUUCUGUCUAUCUGUAAACAACGCGGAAACUCUACCUUUUACCGGCAUUCUUGUGCCACUAUCCCUUGUCUAAUCGACCUUCCACUCGAUUACACACGAUGGCUACUACCAGGAAACUUGCAAUUUCUACCGAUAGCAUGCCGCUGCAGCAGGCUGACCCGGAAAUCUACGAGAUUCUCCAAGAAGAACGUGAAAGGCAGCGCGACUCCAUCGACUUGAUUGCAUCAGAGAAUAUGGUAAGCACCGCUGUUCUUGAAGCACUGGGAUCUGUUUUCACAAACAAGUAUUCGGAAGGUUACCCCGGGAGGCGUUACUACGGUGGUUGCGAUGUUGUUGACAAAUUGGAACGCCUUUGUAUAAGCAGGGCAUUAAGGGCAUUCAAUUUGAAUCCGGAUGAAUGGGGUGUAAAUGUACAGCCAUUAUCCGGUAGUCCAGCAAAUCUCGAGGUUUACAUGGGUCUGCUGCAACCACAUGACAAGAUUAUGGGCUUGCGACUAGCCUCCGGGGGGCACCUGACCCACGGAUUCUACGUUGGUCAGAAGAAAAUAUCUGCCACCGCUGUAUUCUACACCAGCCUGCAGUAUGACGUUAACAAGGAAACUGGAUUGCUGGAUUAUGACGAUAUGGAGCGCCUGGCAAAGGCAUAUUGCCCCAAGCUGAUUAUAGCCGGAGCCUCGUGCUACAGCCGCUACUGGGAUUACAAACGCUGCCGUGAAAUAGCUGACAAGGUUGGAGCAUAUCUCAUGGCCGACAUAGCACACAUUGCCGGUUUAAUUGCUGGGGAAGCACACCCAAGUCCGUUUGAGUAUUGCCACGUGGUCACCACUACGACCCAUAAGACCUUGAAAGGACCGCGUGCAGGAAUGAUCUUCUUUAACAAGAAGAUUGAUCCCACCAUCGAGGACAAAAUUAACAACGCAGUGUUCCCGACGGUGCAGGGAGGACCACACAACAACGCCAUAGCGUCACUCGCUGUUCAACUAAAGACGGUAAUGUCGCCAGAAUGGAAGGUCUAUGCCAAGAACAUCGUGGAGAACGCCCGUAGGCUUGCUAUCGAGUGUGAGUCACGUGGAUUCCUAGUUGUGACCGGUGGUACUGACAACCACACGGUUGUAAUUAACCUGAAGCCUUUUGGAGUAAACGGUAACAAGGCGGAGCACAUUUGCAACGCAAUUAAUGUAACUGUAAGCAAGAGCACCGUACCCGGAGAUGUCAGUGCCAUGAACCCGUCUGGAUUGCGUUUGGGAACUGCUAUGAUAGUAGCCAGAGGAGCUGUCCCAGAGGACAUGGCGUUCAUCGCCGAAGCGUUACUGGAGGCCGUGAAGAUUACACAAUCAAUCCAGGAAUCACAUGGAGAAAACCACGAGGACUUUAAGCGCGGCGCCGAAGGUAACGAACGUAUCGCCGCGCUGCGCAAGAAGGUUGUCGAUUGGAUUCGUCAGUUCCCUAUCAUUAGCUAAGUGUAGUAUCGGUGGCUCGCGUAAGUACGCUGCAUUAACCUAGAGUCAAGCUACUUC